AAAAAAAAGCCCGCAGAGCGUCUUCCGGCGGGAGCUGUGCGGCUCCUUACCAUGGGGACAAUCCAUCUCUUUCGAAAGCCACAAAGAUCCUUUUUUGGCAAGUUAUUACAGGAAUUUAGACUUGUAGCAGCUGACCGGAGGUCCUGGAAGAUAUUGCUCUUUGGUGCAAUAAACCUGAUAUGUACUGGCUUCCUGCUCAUGUGGUGCAGUUCUACUAAUAGUAUAGCUUUAACUGCUUAUACUUACCUGACCAUUUUUGAUCUUUUUAGUUUAAUGACAUGUUUAAUAAGUUACUGGGUAACUAUGAGGAAACCCAGUCCUGUCUAUUCAUUUGGGUUUGAAAGAUUAGAAGUCCUGGCUGUAUUUGCCUCCACAGUCUUGGCACAGUUGGGAGCUCUCUUUAUAUUAAAAGAAAGUGCAGAACGCUUUUUGGAGCAGCCUGAGAUACACACGGGAAGAUUAUUAGUUGGUACUUUUGUGGCUCUCUCUUUCAACCUAUUCACGAUGCUUUCUAUUCGGAAUAAACCAUUUGCUUACGUCUCUGAAGCUGCUAGUACGAGCUGGCUUCAAGAGCAUGUUGCAGAUCUUAGUCGAAGCUUAUGUGGAAUUAUCCCAGGACUCAGCAGUAUCUUCCUUCCCCGAAUGAAUCCAUUUGUUUUGAUUGAUCUUGCCGGAGCAUUUGCUCUCUGUAUUACAUAUAUGCUAAUUGAAAUCAAUAAUUAUUUUGCUGUAGACACUGCCUCUGCGAUAGCCAUUGCCCUGAUGACGUUUGGCACAAUGUACCCCAUGAGUGUGUACAGUGGCAAGGUGCUACUCCAGACAACACCACCCCAUGUCAUUGGUCAGUUGGACAAACUUAUUAGAGAGGUGUCUACCUUGGAUGGAGUUUUAGAAGUUCGAAAUGAACAUUUUUGGACCCUAGGGUUUGGCUCAUUGGCUGGGUCAGUGCACGUAAGAAUUCGACGAGAUGCAGAUGAACAAAUGGUUCUUGCUCAUGUGACCAACAGACUAUAUACUCUGGUGUCUACUCUGACUGUUCAGAUUUUCAAGGAUGACUGGAUCAGACCUGCCUUGAUGUCUGGGCCUGUUGCCGCCAAUGUCCUCAACUUUCCAGAUCAUCACAUCAUCCCAAUGCCUCUCAUGAAGGGGACUGAUGAUUUGAACCCUGUGACAUCAACUCCAGCUAAGCCUGGUAGUCCACCUCCAGAAUUUGCAUUUAACGCACCUGGAAAAAAUGUGAGCCCAGUUAUUCUUCUAAACACACAGACAAGGCCUUAUGGUUUGGGUCUUAAUCACGGACAGACACCUUAUAGCAGCAUGUUUAAUCAAGGACUUGGAUUUCCAGGAACUGGAGCAUCCCAGGGUUUCAGAACUGGUUUUACAAGUAUACCGAGUAGAUAUGGAACUAACAGUAGAAUUGGACAGCCAGGACCGUGAUGUACUCUAACUUAUUUUAUGAGGAAUAUUUCCUUGGCUUCCAGUUUAUUUAGAAAUCCAACUUUGCAUUGAUUGUUCAAUCAAUCACUCUAAAUUUUAGCAAAUAAUAAGCUUGUUCACAUUUCAUGAAACCUAUGAAACUAUAUUUUUGUAAAAUGUAUUUGUGGCAGUGAAAUCCUUAUAAAUGUUGUAGGCUUUAAAUAGGCUUCCUUUAGAAAACAUGUUUCUCUCUAUUUGAAUUUGUUGCUAUCUUUGGUUUAUGAUUGACCAUAGUGUGAUGUGAUCUUCCCUUUAUAAGAAAGCUACUUGAUGGAGUGGGUCUGUCACAUUACUAAGAAGACACAGUUUUCUUCAGUGAAACUUAUAAACAUGAUUCUUGGAUAAUAAUACAUUUUAGGAAAGGAAAAAAAUGUCCAUUCGAAAAGUAAAAGUUGUUCUUCUAGCUUUUCCAGGCUUAAUUGCUGCAUUUUUCUUUGAGGCUUUCCUGAAUUAUAGCUUGCAAAUCAAGAGCAAAAAUUUUUUUAUCAGAAAUUUUGGAACACCUUCUACUAUCUAGUACAAUUUACAUAUUUUAAUUAUCAGGAUUUUUGUUAAAGUUUUUCUCAUCUAAAAAUUUCAGUACAUUUGUAAAUAGUCCAUGGUUCUAGGUGUUUUAUUUUGAUUAAAUGAACACCCAGCCUCUGAUGAGAUGCAGCAAAAGAAUCCCAAUCUUUUGUGUUAUAUUCAGUCAAUACUGACAUGAUAAUGGGAUUUAUCUUUCCUGUCACAUUUUUAUUAACUUUUUAAUAUCUCAUUUGAUUAACAAAAUAUAUGCUACCAAAACAUAUGGAAUUCCAUACAUAAUAUGGAAUUUGCUGUUUUUUCAAAGUUGCACAAAGUGUUUGCAUAUAUAAUAAUUUUUCCAAAACACCAUGGACCUUAGAUUAAUACAAUGUUGUUAAGUCUGCAGAAGGCAGUCUCUAACUUUUUUGUUUUGCUUUGUCAGAAAUAGUGAAUUGUUCACUGUGAUGACGAGUGAGAAUCAUGUUGAUUAUUUUAUUUUUUGGCUGUUUUCCAAAUGCAGAUUGUAAGGACUUUCUUGCAUGGCCAGUAUUACUUCCAAAAGUGUAAUAAGCAUCAGUCACACAUGACCCAUGAGUGAUUCCUUUGUUAUUUGCUUAUGAGCUGUAUAAUUAGAGUUUUAUUAAGGGAUUGUGAGCAUGGAUUCGCCUUUCCUGGAAUCCAGUGCUCUCAAAGAUUUGUGACUUUCCCAGCCGCUAGCCAGCUCUCUAGAGAAGAUCUUUGUUUCCAUACAAUUUGCAGCCAUUUCUUCAGGCAACUUAUCCUCUUUUAAAUAGAAGCAGCAUUUCCAAAUUCUCUUCACAGUGGAAUAAAAAGCAUCCAGGAAGCCAUCUCUGGCCAGCAGAAUUAUGGUGAUCUGUGGUAAUACGUGACUUAGUCCUAAAUGCUUCUUUCUUGGCCAUUGACUUUGACUUCUGCAACCCUGGUCAGACAUCUGUGCUGCUGAAGAAACGCAGCCCACACUACCUAACUACUGUGGAAAAUGAAACCUCGAAAAACGUAAUCAGGCAACCUGUUCCUAGUUCCUUUUCCUGUGUUCCCCAACUAUGGCGGUGUCUCCUUUUGGUCUACGAUUAUAGCGUGGUGGUUAGGAGGACUGUGCACCCCCCUGCAUGUCUUCUUCAUCCCCAUGGGUCUGUGAAGUGUCAGGUACCAAAUGCUGUUCUGUGGGAGGCUUGUGCCUGCUUCCUCAGCACCCAUUCAGAGACAACCCCAUGCAGCUGUCCCACCAAAGGGGCUUUCACAUCCCCCACGCUGUCUGAAUAGACACUUAGAGUUGCUGGUGGUGGUAAAGAAUUGGCCCUGCUUGCUGAAUAUCAGUAAGUGACAUUGGCCCCUGCAUUAUCACUGAGAAAUCUUAUUUGCUGAACUCUGAGCGCCUUCAGAAUAUGAAAAUAAGGGACUUGCCCAGCGUAGGCUGGGGGCAGCAGCCUUACUGUAUAUCUUGCCACAGAAUCACUUGAAGCUAGAAGCAGAAGGAAGUUUGGUUUAAACACCUGGCUAUCAUUUGUGACUGAGAGGAAGCUCCAUGGAGUGUGAUUAACCCUGCUUUAAGAGGUCACUGGACCAGGAAUUCCACAAGAGAUUUGGAUUCCAGUUCUGUAAUGGAAAAAACACUGGACCAGAAGGCAAGAGAUCUGGAUUCCAAUUCUGGGGCUGCCACUGUGGUCAUCAUGCUGUAACCCAGGGGAAAUCAUUUAACUUCUCUGAGUUUUCUAUUCAAAAAGUUAGGACGGGGAAGGAAUUCAUAUCUGUAAAAUAUCAGUUCUAACAUUUUGUGACUACAUCUGUAGAAUGUGUUCCCAUUUGCAAAACAAAUACUGUGGCCAGAAUGUUUUUCCAGUGACUACCUCGACAUCCAGGCCAAGUGCUGUCUGCACCAACACCCGAGCCGUUAACUUGAGGUGCCAUAAGGAUAGACAGGGACCACGGCUAACACCAUGUAGGACUUUGUUUUUUCCAAACUUGCCUCUAUUUAAAUCCGUUUGGAUUAGAGAUUUUUUUCCUCCAACUUCUUUCUCUGUAGGUAAGGGUUAUUUUGGCACGUGUUGGAAAAAAGAUUAGGGCAGAUACCCUUAGCUUCUGCAGGGUACACAAGAAUGGGGUACGUUUUUCCUUCCCUCUUUAAUCUCCAAAGCUGUGGAUAGAAUUACAAUGCUCAGCUAUUGGAGAGGACAUGAACUUCAAGCCGCUGAUUUAGCUGUUUGUAAUCUGCCAGUUUUUGCUUGACUAAAGGAUGCCGAUCCUUUUUGGGAGUCCAAUCUGCUUCUAAUACGAGAAAGUGCUUUUUAUAUUCCAGAUUUUUUGAAUUAAACUGUUGAAUUAAAGUGUA